GUGAAACCUACCCCAUCGUCUCGCCGCAAAUCUCUUUCCCCUGCCUUACUUCCAUGAAUCCAUGAUAUUUAUCCGCCUCUCCCUUACAGAAUGUACAGCGGUACUCUUUCACCUUAGGUAGCACAACUCUCGUCUCUCAUUUGACUUGACUCAUCUUACUCCGUCCUUGUUGGUACUGGAUUAGCUUUGCCGAGCUAUGGCGUCAAUGCCGGGAUACUCGACCUCGACCAGCAGACCGCGGUCUUCGGAUAACGCUUCCACCACAACUUCGAUACCCGGAACGACAACCUCGCCUACGGCAGAAUCAAUGGAGGACAACGAAACCGUGCUUCUCAAUAGACCCUCGUUGGGCGAAGGCAAUGCCGCCAGUGCAUCUCCGAUUGAGAGAGUAACCCCGGUCGAUACAGCUAAAAAAGAACCUCGCCAAUGUUGGAUUUGUUAUACCGACGAAACGGAGGAAUCUCCCCUUAACACAGAAUGGCGCUCCCCUUGCCCAUGUGCUAUAACGGCCCACGAAGCUUGCCUACUCGAUUGGCUCGCCGACUUAGAGAAGCCCCGAUCCCGGAAACGCAGCGGCCGCACCGCGAAGAUGGUGUGUCCCCAGUGCAAAUCCGAGAUCGUUGUCUCGCGCCCGCGCAGCUAUAUUGUGGACAUGGUUCGGGCGUUAGAACGGUUUGCUGGUCGACUGGUUUUGCCGGGUGUAGUGUUCACAAUCGCUGGUACGGUCUGGGCCGCAUGCUGUGCGCAUGGCGUGUCCUCCAUGUACUUUGUUUUCGGUCCAGAGGACGCCAGACUUAUCCUAGAGGAGAGCGCGGAUGGCGCGUGGAACUCGGGUCUCAAUCUCGGGCUGCCGCUCAUCCCACUGGCUUUGAUCUUCUCACGGACUCGUUAUGCGGAAGGGCUACUCCCGGCUAUCCCAGUACUGUUCUUCGCUACGCAUAAUCCCGGUCGUGAGACUGAUUUUGAACUGUGGCCACCUAGCGCCGCGAUGACAUUCGCCGCUCUCCCUUAUGUGAAGAGCUUCUACAGCACUGUUUAUCGGAGGAUGUUUGGAAAGAUGGAGAAGAGGUGGAUCGCCGAGGUGCAGCCUCGUCAAUCGGAUGUUAACGAGUUUGACGACAAUGCGCCCCCAGAACAUCCGGAACCCGACCCGGUUCAGAACGCUGGAAAUCCACACGUUCUGAUGGAAUUUGACUUGCAAUUGGGCAACAACGGAGAGGCAGCCGGGGGGGGUCAAAUCGAAGGUCUAGGAAUAGGCCGACAUGCCGAGCUAAUUAGCGAGACGAGCAACCUUGCCGACAUCGUCCUUGGAGCUCUCGCAUUCCCGGCCAUAUCAGCUGCCAUGGGAGGGUUACUCAAAUAUGUUUUACCGAAGUCAUGGACCGCUGCACCCUCCGUGUUGGAGCGUACCAAACCGGGACUUUUACAGACCAGAUGGGGCAGAAGUGUGGUCGGGGGCUGUGUCUUUGUGUUCCUAAAAGACGCUUUGAUUCUAUACUGCCGAUGGAAGCUAGCACAUACGCACCGCCGCCGGAAAGUGCUAAAUUACGACCAAGCAAAGAAGCAGGUGAAGUAAUUAGAGAGGUUCUAUUUCUUAUGAUACUCAAAAUGACAAUGCAUGGUAUGGGGCGUUUUGCAAUGGUAUGUGGAUGAUGAUCCACCGGACGAUACACUC